AUGAAUACUCACCCCCGCUUUCCACAACGAUACGCCGAUGCAGACCUUCGCUGCUUAUCUCGCCUUGCUUUUCGUGCACAGGUUUCGGGCGGUAGUCCCUCAACUAGGCGAGAGAUCGGCGUGAAGAUGGAAGCUUACGAUAGCGACGUAUUAUGGAUCUUGAUCGUGGGCUUCGUGAUGGCAUUUUCGGCUGCCUUCACGAUCGGCGCGAACGACGUGGCCAAUUCCUUCGGGACUUCCGUCGGGUCCAAGGUCCUCACCGUCAAGCAGGCCUGCAUUCUCGGCGUCAUCUGCGAAACGUCGGGGUCCAUCCUGCUCGGCGCCGAGGUGGCAAAGGCGAUAGGGUCGGACAUCAUCAACGAGAACGUCUAUAACGGAACCGAGAAGCAGAUCAUGCUCGGCUCCCUGGCGACUUUAGGCAAGCCUUUCCCAUGCGAAGCUCAUCCACGGGCAUCGGGAAUCUGGCAGCUGAUAGCGACGUAUUUCCGUCUUCCGAUCUCGACGACCCACGGGGUCGUUGGGUCCAUGAUCGGGUUCAACCUCGUCGCCAAAGGUCUUCCGGGUGUCCAGUGGAAGAACGUGACCAGGAUCAUUGUGUCCUGGCUGUUGAGCCCGAUCGUGGCGGGGACUCUGGCCGCCAUCUUGUACCUGUUUGUGAGGACUUUCGUCCUCCAUAGUAGUCACCCGUUCAAGAGGGGCCUCCUCUUCCUCCCGUUCAUCUAUUUCGUCACGACUGCCGCCAACGUCGUCUCUAUCUUCACCGACGCCCCCUCAUUUCUGUAUCUGAGCAGCAUUCCUUGGUGGGGGAUUGCCUUGUGCACUGUCCUCAUAUCACUCCUUGUCGGCGCCUUAGUUCGUUACGUUCUCAUCCCUCGAGUCAAGCGCCAGCUCAAAGACGCAAAGACUGAUUUGAAAGACGUAAAGGAGGAGGAGAAGGAAAAGGAAGAGAAGGAGAAGGAGAAGGAGAAGGAGAAGGAGAAGGAGAAGGAGAAGGAGAAGGAAAAGGAGAAGGAGAAGGAAAAGGAGAAUGGAGUAGAUGUGGAGGCUGCCGCCAGGAUGGAGCAGACGGACGCGAACACGAGCGUGACGCAUAACACCCUAAAAGGAAAAAUCAACACCAACUCCUUGACUUGGGUACGAGACCCUAUCGGGACCUCAAUUUUCUUUCAAGUUCCGUUUCUUACUUCCAGACUUUUUCAAGGACUUCACUCGAUACGGGAAUUCGCCGUCAAUGUGGAAGGUCGCAGGAUCCGGCUUUACGAUAGCGACAGCGUUGAUCGAAACGAUUGA